AAUUAUAAUGGAAAUAAUAUAAACAUAUGUUAUAUUAACAUACGUUUUGUUAAGCUUUAUUAACAACACAAUUAUUUAAGCUAAAUUAAGAUGUGGCAGCACCUCUAAGUUUUUUACUUUGUUUUGAUUGUGUUUCAGGUUCCUCCUUUUUACCACCCGGAAAAUAAGAGACAAAACUUGCUGAAAAUAUUAUUUCCCUUUUCUGUCAUUUGCCUUGAUGUUCAUCAGACAUCCUAAAAUUUUCAGUGUAUAAUUUGCGUGGAAAUUCAGUUACGAAUGUGUUAGUAAUAUUAUUUUAAUAUAAUUGAUUUAUUUUGUUUUCUGUGCAAAAAUAUAUGAAGUGAUAUAUAAAAAUAAAAAUGGCUAAUAAAAAUGUGCACAACCGAAAAAAUCCUACCACCGAAUGUUAAUGGAAAAACACAAGGUUGUUUGGAAAUUGAAGUUAGCCAAAUCAAUUUUUUAUACGAACGUUCUAACAUAAACAAUAGAAAAAAUAAAAAACAAAAAUUUAAUAACAAACGGUUUGAUAAAAGCAAAGGUCUUAUUGCAAAGCUUGUCUGGUGGGGUGAGAAUAUAGAUAAUGCCGCAAGUGUUCAGAUCAGCUGUGUGAAAGAGGAAAAGAAAAAUCAGAAACAGCACGCUGAAAUAAACAAGUUACGAUAUAACAUUUGUAGUCUCGUGCUAUUCUUAGACUAUUUGCGUACGUGUGGGCCAAUCGAGAUUUUAAUUUUUAGUAGCUUUUCUAACCUUCAGCUGGGACAAGCUAGUUUUCGUCUGCCCGACGUCCUUCUGCGCAAAUACGCUACAAACUAUACAAACGGCUGCACAUUUGAGUAUAAAACGAAAAUUUAUGCUCUUUACAAAAACGGCUCCCAACAACAGAAAACAGGUGAAAUACAAUUACGCUUUAGGAUGUUGUUCGCACCGAGUGCUAAACAUGCCCAAACAGCGCUACAGGAGCAGAUGACAACGCUACAAUUUAAACAUGAGGCACAUUCAAUCAAACUGGAUGCCAUUGCAUCUGGACAUGAAAAGAAAUCUCACUGCAAAGUGGAGAAGGUACUGCGUCCACCUACGGCUAAACCAGAAGACAUUGUGCAAGCAAUGAAAAAAUUGGACGCUAAUUUGGUUGCCUAUUUAUCGAAAGAUGAUGUCUCUGUGGAUGAUAGCUUCAAUCUGAAACAGUCUAAUAGCGCAUCAUCGAUAAGUCAACUGUUGAGUGACACAGAGGAGGAUCGUGAGCAACAAAUGUUGCAUGCUUUUAAAAGUAUUAGUGCUAUAAAGCUGCAACUGGAAGCUUUAACGCUGCAACCGGAAGGCACAAAACGGAUGGAAUUGAUGCAAAGCGAAAUUCGUCCAAUAUUUACGAUUGAGUGUCAACUAUCGAAUGAACUCAUUAAGUAUGUGCCACGUUACGAUUUAUUCCACGUCAUGCAAUUCGAAUCGGAGAAAUUCCAAAGUUUAACGCAAUGUACACGUUUUGGGCAAGAAGCAAAACGGAAUAUAAAAAUGUUAAAUGAGAAUGAUUAUGAUGAACAGGGAAAUCUGAACUUUGGUCGUAUACACUAUACUGUCUGGUGGCGUGAACCAGGUACAUGCCUAAAUGAAAUGCUAGGCAUGGGUGUUUUGGAGUUAGAUGAAUUGUACAAUGCUUCACUGCUGGAACAGUGCAAAUGCAUUACCAUUAAUAGACGUGGCAUACAUUUGGCUAGUUUAUACUUAAAAAUAAGUUUAUUAAUAGAAAAUCAAAGCUCUCUAAUAAAAUCAGCUAAAAUGAUUAAUUUGCAAAGAAUUUUGAAGGAAACCACCACUAAGCAAUGCAAUGGCGAUAAUGAGGAGGAGGAGAAAAAAGGAACAUCUCAAAUCAAUAUAAAAUCAAAUGUAGUGCAGAGUAAUAAUAAACCACAAUUUGAAGACACUGCUAAUCCAGCUCAGAAUAAUAAUAUUGAAUUACACUCUACGAACUUCACGGCUGAGACGUCUAAAGUGCGCUUACUUAAGGGUUUCAUAUACGCUAAUGAGGCUAGAAAUCUCGAUGAUGUGCAAAAUUAUGAAUAUUUUUUAGUUUGCCGGCGUUUUUGGCACGAAGAGAUUGCCACAGCGGUUGGUACUGCGAUCGAAAGAGAAGUCCACUUCAAAUAUCAAGAGCAAUUCGCUGUGAUUAAUGAUGAAAAGUUUCUUAGACGUGUGGAAAAACAGUUCUUGAGAUUAGAGGUGUGGCGGCGAAUGAUUAAUGAUGGAAAUGGCAACAAGGAUAGUAUGUGGCUUUUAGGUGUUGUUCAUUUGCCUUUACAUCAAUUUUACAUUGCUUACAGAGAUUCAACUAUCACAAAUCACGUCUGCAAGGGCAAAUUACCAGUUAUUUCUGUGGACGCAUGGGUUCCUCUACUCAAAAACAAGACAACUGAGAAAGUUGGUGAGUUAAAAUGUUUGCUGGCAGUAGGUAGUGAAGAGCAAAUUAAUACACUUAAGGAAAACCGCGGUUUUACUGCAAUUGCACAUACUUCGCUGGAAAUUGAUAAUGCUUUAUUCACAGUUCCAUCAUGUUCAGGAAACAAUGUAGAUUCUGUGGCUGCUGGAAUAGAUAGUACAUCUAAUCCGAAAUUAAAAAAUGUCACAGAUUUGCUUGAUAUGUUACAGAAAGCAUUAAAUCAGCCUCCAGUUGCAAAGCCAACAACUGAACUGAAGACACUUACUCAAAAAGCUACUUCUUCAAAUAUCAAGCCAUUAGCAGAAACUAAUGCUAACUCAUUUAAAUUUAUUUUGGAUAUUCAAUACGCUACAGGAUUGCCAUUAAAUCCGCCUGCUAAGGGUAGAAAAGCUUUAAAGAAUACGUCUGCUAUCUCCAAACGAUAUCCUCCAAAUGAAGCCCCGUCUACUUACGUAACAUUCCAAGCCGAUGAGGGGUAUGACAAACUUUAUAAGUCGCAUGAAGGUAUGGUUUAUGCUACCAAUAUUAUCGAAAAAUCUACACAUCCGGAGUGGGUACAACGAUUCCAUGUAUCUGCAACUACUGAAUAUUUAACAAAUCCGAAAAAACUAUUUAUAUUAAAGAUAUGGAAAAAGGCAUUAACCAACAAUGAACAUACGCGUGGUCAACCAACUCCAAUGGAGGAUGCAAUUAUUGGGUUUUCUGCACUAGAUUUAACUGUCCUUUUAACAAAGUUACGAGUUAGUGGAUGGUUUAAUAUUGUUGAUUUUAAUGGUCGUAUUAAUGGACAAAUAAAGAUUAAUUGUCAACAAUCUGCAGAUCUUCCGGCAACUGCACAAAGUCCUAAAAGUGCGAAUCUUUCUAAAGAGACUUUGGCACCAAAUGUCGAUGCUGUGAUUGAUCAAUUCGAAAACACACUUGAUCUCACACAUAUGAAUUUGGGACAAGCAAUAAAGCGGAAAUUUACCGAACUGGAAGAAAUUUCUCAAAGACUUCGUACACGUCUAACAGAUGUUACUGGGGAGCAAAUUGCAUCUACUUUUGAUAUUACCGCCUUAGAUAAUUGGGAGACAAUGCGUAACGUAAAAGAUGAUGACUUUUAUUUAAAUGAAUUUGAGCAUGAUAUUAAUACUUCCGCAACAGAAGAAAGUGGUGUUAUUUCUGCGACACCAUCGAAUACUGAACCUGAGGAGAAAGUAACAAACGUGAUCUCAUCUACAUUCGAUAGUAAGAAUGAGUCCAAAGAAUAGUGUUUAAUUAAAUUGUAUUAUAACUAUAGUUCGCAGAGCACCCGCCUUAUAUUGAAAUCCUCUUACUUCGAGCAGAGGUGUAUAUAUCUCAACAAAUCAAAAAUGAGUGGCACUAUAAGGGCUCAAUAGUACUUAGUUAACUUCUUAUGAAUGUUAUUUUUAAAAACAUUUAUUUAAUUUUUAAAUAUAUUAGUUACUAGAUUUAAACUGUUAUACAAUUUUCUUAAAAUAUUGUGUCUAUAAUUUUAAAUACUGAAGCAAAUAAGCAACUUACAGAAUUUGAAAACGUUUA